AUGUUGGUGUUUGAAGGGGCUGCAGAGGUGAGGCUGGAGGAUGGCGGCAGGCGUUGUGCUGGGAGAGUGGAGGUGAAACACCAGGGCGAGUGGGGCACCAUUUGUGAUGACUCCUGGGACAUGAACGAUGCUGCAGUGGUUUGUAAGCAGCUGGGCUGUGGGUCUGCUGUUGAAGCUCCUCGGUAUGGACACUUUGGGGCAGGAUCCGGCCCCAUUUGGAUGGAUGAGGUUGACUGUAAUGGCACCGAGCCCACCUUGUCUGACUGCAUGCACAGUGGAUGGGGUCAACACGACUGUGAUCACAUUGAGGAUGCUGGAGUGAAAUGUUCAGGAUUUGUCCAGCUGGUCGGAGGGGACAGCCCUUGCUCAGGACGUGUGGAGAUCCGAGAUGAGGACCAGUGGAAAACUGUCUGUGACUCAGACUUUGGUCCCAAAGCUGCCGAUGUGGUCUGCCAGGAUCUGCAGUGCGGCACAGCCCUUCCCUUCUCCAAGGCAGCUCACUUUGGAGAAGGGGGUUCAGGCUGGUGA